AUUUAUGACAUGUGAAGUAUUGUUUUGACACCAUUGAUUAUAUUUUUGUCGUCUUUUUAAAAUAAAUUAAAGAGGUCAAAGAUUAUGGGUCUUAAUUUCAAAAUAGCUUAAAAGUGAUUUUAAAUAAUGGGUAAAGAAAAAGCUAAAAAACGUCGACACUCCACAUCCGAAAGCUCUAGCUCAAGUAGUUCCUCAGAUUCCAGCCGGGAAAAGAAAAAAUUACGGAAAUUAAAAAAGAAAUUGAAAAAGGAACAGAAAAAAACGGAGAAAUUGUUAAAGAAAAAGCUCAAAGAGGAAAAAAAGAAACUGAAGCGCAAGCAGUCUGAAGAAAGAAGCCAAAAUCAGGAGAAAACGAAAGAUGAAGCGUCAUCAGACAUCCCCCUAGAGCUAAUGGAGAAGUCCAAAGCAAUGGCACCAAUGACUAAGGAAGAGUGGGAGAAACGACAGAGUGUCAUUCGAAGGGUACAAGAUGAGGAGACUGGAAGAUACAGGUUAAUAAAAGGUGAUGGCGAGGUGAUAGAAGAGAUAGUUUCAAGAGACCGACACAAAGAGAUUAAUCGUCAAGCUACAAUGGCCGAUGGCAAUUUCUUUCAGUUACAAACUGGUCAAAAGAGAGAUAUAAAGUAGAAUUCUGUCUAAUUUUAUGACUGUUAUUUAUUUUUUGUAAAUAUAUUUUGAUUUGAACAGGUGAGUCAUGAUCGAAUAGAUUAGUUGUCUAGCAGCACUUUAAUUAGGAAUUAUUGUGCGAAAUAUUGUCGUAAAUGUGACUAACCCCAUACAACCUAUUGUCAAUCAGUUCGUAGGAGCUGUUCAUACAAUAAAAACAUAAGAAAA